AUGAAGGUUGUUAUUGUCGGCGGGGGUCUAGGCGGCCUGGCCUGUGCAAUCGCCUGUCGUCGUGAAGGUAUUGACGUGGAAAUUCUCGAGCGGUCCCCGGAAGUCCACGAAGUUGGAGCAGGCAUCCAAAUCCCGCCAAAUGGCGGUAGGAUAAUGUGCGACUUUGGCCUGCUUCCCCAACUACUGGAGCAAGGAAGUCAGGUGCAACAAGUGGAUUUCCGGAGGUACAAGGAUGGUCGUCUUCUGCGAUCAAUGCCAUUUGGGGACGAUAUCACGGAGGAAUUCGGGGUGCCGUGGAUAGUUAUUCAUCGGGUGGAUUAUCAUCGCAUCCUUCUUGAUGAAGCGAUCCGACUUGGUGCGUUCCUUCAACUCGGGGCAGAAGUAGAGGAUAUUCACACCGAGCAGCCAGCCGUUCUUCUCGCUGACGGGAGAUGCAUAUCGGCAGAUGUUGUGAUUGGCGCUGAUGGCCAAGUGUCUACGGUCCGAAGGGCUGUUCUUGAAUCACCUCAUUCUCCAGUCCCCACAGGCGACAUGGCCUAUCGAGCAACAUUUUCACGAGAGCAGCUGGAGGCUUUGCAUGAUGAAAAAGUAAAUGAAUUGUGUCAGAAAAUUGCAGUGACAAGCUGGCUGGGGCCGGAGAAGCAUACUAUUUUCUACCCUCUUCGUGGUGGAAAGGAGUUCAAUCUUGUUCUCAUGCGGCCCGAUAACUUAUCAUCGGACUCUCGCAGAGAGCAGGCAGACCUCAAAGAGAUGCGAGAGAGCUAUGUCGACUGGGAUGAAACAUUGCAAAAACUGGUCUCUUGCGUGCCAUCGGUAUAUAAAUGGAAACUGACACAUCUAUCUGAGCUGGAAUCGUGGACCAAGGGAUCUGUUGCUUUACUUGGUGAUGCCUGCCACCCCACUCUACCAUAUCAGGCACAAGGGGCUGCAAUGGCCGUUGAAGACGGAGCAGUCAUCGGCAAGCUUCUUGGCCUAUUGCAGGCUCAUUAUCUGGACCCAAGAAACUCUGGAAACGACCCCUCAAUAUCAACGCGAUCUUCAGCUCAAGACCUCACAGCUGCUGUGCUAACUCUCUACGAAAAAUGCCGGAAAUCACGCACAGCCCGAAAUGUUCAAGGAGCAAUCAUGAAUCGAAAGCUUUUUCACAUCGCAGAUGGCUUUUUGCAGAUGAUUCGGGAUUUCCUGUUGGGAUAUGCAGGAGUUACCCGGAAAAGCGAUUGGACUUGGCUGUCUUCAUUCCGACAGGGGCAAACCCUUGGUCUAGAUGUGCUGCAAGAUUGUGAAAAGGUCUUUGACGAGUGGAGAUUGACACUUUAA